AUGAUUGAGACGGAGAUGGACAGCCACAUAACGACCAAGACUCGUGCUAAACCUCGGACGACGAAAUCAGCGACUUUUGAGACUGCUGUCGGUCUUAAUAACAUGAAAAAAAAGGUCAAGAGAAGACGUGUAACGCAGAAGCGACGAGAAGCAGAGGAAGAAGACGUGUACAAGACGCACAAAGAGAUGAGGCAAUUACCGCUGGGACCUGACAGUCUGCAGCUGAUGCAGCAGUUGCACGAAGACCAGCGAUACGAUCGUCCGCCGAGAUCAAUGCCAGAUAUUGCCGGCAUUAAGAGUUUGUCACAAUAUGAGGCUCAGUCAGAUGUGAAAAAAAUCCAGCAUCAACUAACAGCGUUUGAAGCUUGUGCGGGGAUCAAAAUGUCAGGAAAACGUUCAAAGGUUGGGGACAAGGACCAUCGUCGUCUUUUUCUUGUAGACGAGACUGGUAGCAAGGUGAAUACGGAUCCACUCUCUGCAGGGCUAAAGAAUCGUCGUGCACGACCAAGUGGAGUCAUUGCGCCGGAAGAGAUUGUGGAGACUAUACCGGCUGCCCGACGUGCUGUGCGCAUCACACAACGUGAGCUUCGAGCCUUGAAAACCGAACGCGAAGACUUAGAGCGGACAUAUGUCCGACAUCGCUGCACGUUACUGUGGCAAAUAGGCGAGAUGAAGCGUAUGCAGAAGCAGCAGAGACGUGUAACACGUGCGCUAAGUCGUAAAGUGGUGAAUACGGCAAAGAGCUUGGAGUCGAGUCGACGGCGCACUAGCGCACUUCAGGACAUCAUGACGGAGCUAAAAGCGCGAGGCAACCGUAUAUUGUGCCUGACUCGUGAAAAGAGCAGGCUUGAAGCAAUGCUAGAAGCUCAUAAUGUUGAGCUUCCUGAGAUUGAUGAGGUUUGUACUGGUGACCGUGUAAGUUGGACUCCAUUUGGGACCGGUCGUGUGCUUGAUUUGCGCAUAGGUACACGACAACUUGUGGUAAAGAUGGACUUUGGUGGCAUUGGCUACAUUCACGAAGAAGAUGUGGAGGUCUUGCCAUCAGGCAUGACGUUUACCGAAACCGAAGUAGAGCUUAAAAAGCGUUUCUUCGAGAAAAUAGGAGCGCUUGUGCAGCCUACAGGCAAGCUGCGUGUGUUGAACGGAGGCUUUGACUUCACACAAUUUGAUAGUGAAGAGGAGAAGACCUCAGACUAUGAUAGUGACGAAGAUUCAUUAUCAGAAGAGGAUACAGGGGCUACAUUUGGUGAUGAUUAUAUGGAAGACACAGGUCAGCGUAAAGGUAAGAAGCGACGACUCAUUAUGACACCGACGCCUGGAGGUAGCAGUAAAGAGUUGAAGAACCGUCGUGUGAUCGAGUUUCCAGCAUGUACGAUACCGGUCGUUCCGUAUGAAACGGGACUUUUGAUAAGUCCUUUAAGUGCGCUGCCCGAUCGUGUAGCUGCUGUUGGCCCCGGUGCAGUUCAGUGGCUUCCGUCAUAUCUGCCUAAAAACAUGGAGGAGUGGGAGCAAGAGCGGUUAUCUUCACUUCAAAUGAAGGGUGAGAUCGAACGGCUGCGAUAUCAGCUUCAGAAAGCCGAAGCGCAAAAGCUGGAUGCACAGCAACUUGCGAGUGAUCAGCUCGAGUCGAUUAAUCAGCUUGUAUCACAGUUGGACAAACUACGAGAUAAUGCUGGUAUUCUAAGCGGCCCAAGCAAUUCAGCUAGCACGUGCGAAACCUGCAGUAGCCAGAAUGCACCAAUGGUCAAGAAUUCGUAUCACGGCAAAGGCGGCAUGAUUCAGCGGAAAGAUUUUGGUGCCAAACAAGACAAUAGUGAUGAUGAACUCUCUGAGACCAAUAGCAAGAGUUCAAGAGUCGGUGACAACGACAGUAUACACAGUGAUGCGAGGAAAGCGUCAAAGAGAAAGCACAACAAUACUGAAAGCGCAGAGGAUGAGACCAGCAUCGAGACAAAUGACGCUACAAGUGCUAAGACCAAAGCAAAAACCAAGCCUAUCAAGCGCUCUCUUCGACCACGAAGAAAAGCUGCUACAGUCUCUCCAAAGCGGAAGUAG